UUCGAUCACGUCAGGCGCUGCAGUUACGAAAGCCAUGCGCGAAUCACGAUAGUCAACGACGCAAAGUCAAUUUAAAACUAAUUAAUAAAAUGUCUCUCUUACGUUUUGUCAUAGCAUCUCGAUAUUCUUUUCAUAACAGUGAAAUAACAAGGCAUUAUUCUUGGAGAAACGUUGUCGAAGCAAGGAAUAAAUUAUUGGACACAAUCAAACGAAGUCCGCGAAUAAAUCUGUCAAGAUGCAUCUAUCACACUGCCAAAGCGCCCAAAGGAAAAACGCGAUUCCCAGUUCUCGGCAAACUAAGCUUAGCUGCACUAAGCAUUACGGGUACUUCUGCCAUGCGCUUGUUUUAUUCGCGCCCCGUCCUUUGCAGCUCGGACCCUGCUGUCCUCGGAAUUAUACAAAACACCGCGCCUGAAGAGCAUUUUUUAUUGCGUCGCCUAAUUAAAUAUCUCUUACCUCAUUUAUGCUUUUUUCUAAUUGCUCUUGCGAGUGCUUUUGUUGUUGCCAUGUUGAAUAUAUGGAUACCGCAAUGCGUCGGACAAGUCAUUAACGUCAUAACCAAAGUAAGACAAGAUGUCAAGACUGGCUACGAAGAUAGUUAUUCCCUGACCAGUGUAUUUCAACAACUUGCCAAUCCUGCUCUCAAGCUGGCUCGCAUGUACGUAGCUCAAGCUCUCUUCACUUUUGCAUACAUUUAUACUCUCUCGUGUGUGGGCGAAAGGGUAGCAGUGCAAUUGCGCCAGGACCUAUUCAAAUCAAUUAUAAUGCAGGAUAUUGCGUUCUUCGAUAAGCACCGUACAGGAGAGAUUGUAAGCCGAUUAACGAGUGACAUUCAAGAAUUAAAGAGUUCGUUUAAAACACUCAUUUCUCAAGGUUUACGAAGUGUAACACAAAUCGUUGGUUGCGUCGUAUCAGUUAUCGUGAUAUCGCCUCAGUUAACCGGGGUCAUGGUUUUGUGCAUGCCAAGCAUUAUAUUUGUUGGCACUCUGUUGGGAAGAAGUUUGAGGAAACUGUCCAACGAAGCACAGGAACAGAUUUCAAAAUCGACUGCAGUAUGCGAGGAAGCAAUUCACAACAUGCGAACGGUCAGAGCAUUCGCCGGUGAAGAAAAAGAGAUGGAAUCAUUUAGUUUAGAGGUUGAGAAAGCGUCAACGUUAUAUGAGAGGCUAGGCCUAGGAAUCGGUCUGUUUCAGGCCGGAACAAAUCUCUUUUUGAAUGGAAUAAUUUUGUCGACACUAUAUUUCGGUGGUCAUUUGAUGUCGAGUGGGCAAUUGUCAGCAGGGGAUUUAAUGGCAUUUUUAAUGGCAACUCAAACGAUACAGAGGUCACUGACACAGUUGUCUUUAUUAUUCGGAACUUACGUGAGAGGAUCGAGCGCAGCGUCUCGCGUAUUCGAAUAUUUAGACAUGCCACCGGCAUCCAUGAUGGUUGGAGGUCAGAACGUAGACGCCGGUUCAUUCGUUGGUAACAUCGAGUUCAGAGACGUCACAUUCAAAUAUCCAACUCGACCAGAUGUGAGCGUUCUCAGCGGCUUCGACCUUACUAUUCCAGCAGGAAAAACCGUCGCAAUCGUUGGUUCUAGUGGAAACGGAAAAUCUACUGUUGCUGCUUUGCUAGAACGAAUGUACGAUGUUGACGGCGGCGCGAUUACGAUCGACGGCAAAGAUAUUCGCUCGGUCAAUUCAAGAGAUUUACGGGGCCGUGUUUUGGGCUAUAUCGAUCAGGAACCUGUUCUAUUUUCUACGAGCAUUAUGGAAAAUAUAAGAUAUGGUCAAAACGGAGCAACCGACGACGAGGUCAUCAAAGCUGCCAAAGAGGCAAAUGCCCACGAUUUUAUCACCGGUUUCCCACAAGGCUACGAAACACUCGUUGGUGAACGUGGAACGCAACUUUCCGGGGGUCAAAAACAACGGAUAGCGAUCGCCAGAGCGCUCAUCAAGAAACCCACGAUUUUAAUUCUCGACGAAGCUACAAGUGCCUUGGAUUACGAAAGUGAACGAGUCGUGCAAAAGGCUCUGGAAAACGCAACAAAGGGCCGAACUGUUUUAAUAAUUGCUCAUAGAUUGAGUACUGUUAUGGGUGCAGAUAUGAUUGUUGUUCUGCAGCGCGGAAACAUAGUAGAAAUGGGAACUCACGCCGACCUGAUUGAGAAAAAAGGAGCUUAUUUUAAUCUCGUAAGACAAGAAGAAAAUGAGAAACAAUGACUGGAACGAAUUUGAGACAAUAGAGAUAUAUUGUAUAAGAAUUUGCUAUGAGAGAAUUAAAUCAGCAGUUCAAUAUUUAA